UCACAUAGUGAUUCAGAUUCCAAUGAUGACAUGCAAUCUGAUUCAUAUAGUGACUUAGGAUCCAAUAAUAAGACAAGAUCUAAGAGAUCAAGUCUCACCAUAUACUUCGCCCAGGUCAGAGAAUCAUUGCCACCAGAAAAGGAGAAAAUAAAUGAAGAAAUGAGUAUUAAAAAAGACAAUAAGACAAGCAUCAUUAUGAAGGAAAUUCAAGCGAAAGUAUUAGAAAAAUCAAGCCAUAUUAAGGAUAAACAAAUCAUUAAGCCAGCAAUUAAUUUUAAUAUUGGCACACUCGAAGAAGACUUUGUAGCACUGAUUGAAGAACUCCCAAUACCAACGUAG